AUUCCCAGGCCGCACACUUCUUCUUUGUUUCUCUUCGCAGCAUCUUACCAGAGCAACUUUCGGCGGCAACCAUGGGCGGGCCGAUCUGCAUUGUUAUCAAGGUGCUCGAUGAUGAUGAGUAGCUGAACCCGUUCAUCCCUAAACAUCAGGUUUAUUUCCCAACCUGUUCAUUAUAGUUCCCCCAGUUGGGUUAAUUCUUUCGUUGGUUUCAAAGAAGAAAAAAAUGGCUAUAGAUGCCAAAAGGAGAUCAGGGUAUAUUAAUUCCAUGUUGAACGACGAUUUACUUGCCGAAAUCCUUAACAAGGUCGACCGGAAAGAAGAUAGAAAAUCAUUCUCGGAGGUGUGCAAGCAAUGGUUAAGAGUGGAACGUCUAACCCGAACAUCUCUUCGGAUUCGCGGACACAUGUUCCCACUGGAUCUACUGACUAAAUUCCCCAACUUGGUCGAUUUCAGAACAACACGGGAGCUUACCAAAAAAAGAAAAAGGCAGAACAAAAAAUCAUGGUAUUAUCCACCCACCGACCCCCGACUCGAAUUCAUAGCCAAAACAUGUCCCAAACUCGAGACCUUCAUGGCGAGCCUUUAUGACACUAGACAGGUCCAAGGUGAUGGUCAUUUGGGGACGAAAGGUCUGCGAGCUUUGGGAAUUGGGUGUCCCAAAUUGUCGUCGCUUAUGUUUUGGGGGAACCAAGUGGUAGGGAAUGCUGGAGUUGAUGCGCUUUUUCAAUCAGGGCAUAACUUGAAGUCUUUGCAUUUGAAGGACAUUUAUCUAAUCUCUGAUCAUGCAUUUAGAGCAAUUGGGUCAUCUUCCAUAAGCAUUUUGGAGUUAACACGCUGUCGAAAUGUUACUGAUGUGGGAUUGGGAUUCCUGGCAAAUGGGUCUACCUCUAAAACCCUCAAAAAAUUGAUCCUUAGCCAUUCCCGUGGAAUCACCGAUACUGGGAUCCAGCUUUUGGUUAAAAUGCGUAGCUUAGAGAACCUGGAAUUGACGUACUUGAACCAAGUCACUGAUAUUGGAGGUGUGGCAAUAUCUGCAAUUCAAACCCUCACGGUAUUGAAAUUGAGUGAAAUUUGGAAGUUGUCUGACACUACAGUUGUUGCUCUUGCUGAGAAUUGCCGCAACUUGGAAGUACUUGUUUUGGAUCAUAUAGGGCAUCGUAUAGGGAUAAAUGAACCUGUAGCCGGAGCUAGCAUUCACGCAUUUUCAAGACAUAAAUGCUUGAAGUACCUUGCAUUGUAUGAUUUCGGCAACUUAGAUCAGUCUGAUGUGGAAAUAGUGCUUGGAUGCCCCUCAUUGGAGUCUCUGGUGUUAGACAAGUCAUUAACUGGUAUUUUCGGAUUGAUGCAUGGGAACAGCUCUAGAAGGGUGGUCAAGUUUGAUUCCUUUUGUAAUCCCCAUCCCCAUUUCAUGCCCACUGUGUGGUGCACAAUCUGCGGGUGUCUGCUAUGGACGAAAUGGCAACAAUUUACCUUCUGACACAGAAGUCGUAGAUUUGUACAAAAGCAAUGGAAUUGUAAGGAUGAAGAUUUACGAGCCAGACCAAGCAACCUUUGGAAGCCCUUAGAAGUUCCAACAUAGAACUCAUGGUCACCAUCCUCAACAACAACCUGCAAGCGCGAUACUGCAGCAGCUACAGAUUGAGUCCAGAAAAAUGUGCAACCCUACUCGGCUGAUGUCAAGUUCAAAUACAAUGCCGUUGGAAAUGAAGUACACCCUGAUGCUGCAGAAGCCCUCCCAAUAUCUUCUUCCUGUCGUACAGAAUAUUCAGAAUACCGUAACAGCCGCUUAUCUACAAGGCCAAAUCAAAGUGUCAACAGCAAUAGAUACAACUCUUUUGGGCCCUAGUUUCCCUUCUUCAAAUGGGGCAUUCAGCAAUGCUGCGAAUUCAUUUAUUACCCUAAUAAUCACCUUUCUGGGCAACAAUGGAGCACUACUUCGUGUCAAUAUACACCCCUACGCCUAUAUUGGUGACCCUGCUAACAUAAAACUAGAAUAUGCCUUGUUCACUUCACCA